AUGUCUCUGUCUCAAGACCUUCCAUCUAUCCCUCUACCCCCCGGAGUCUCCUCCCACUAUCUCAAGUCUCCUGCCAAUGAUCUAACCUACCACUUUCUGUCGGCCGGCAACCAGGGCGAUCCCCUUAUUCUGCUCUAUCACGGCUUCCCAGAGACCUCCUUUUGCUGGAGACAUAUCCUUCCCUAUCUCGCACAAGCCGGAUAUUACGCCGUCGCGCCCGAUACUCGGGGCUCUGGACGUACCACGACGCCAAACCCAGUGGAUUUCACCGAGUCUGCAGACGAACUGCGCCAAUAUCAGCUCACAAAUACCGCACGGGAUACGGUCAUCUUCAUCCAGGCGCUGGGAUACUCCACAGUCCACUGCCUGGUCGGCCAUGAUGCUGGUGCCGUGCUCGUCGCAUGGGUGGCUCUCACCCGGCCAGACCUGAUCCAACGAGUGAUCAUAGCAAGCCAUCCCUACAACGGACCGCCUGCGAUCCAGCCAGUCGCUAUCGACAAGACAGAGACGGACCCCGCUCCAGCCGCGCAAGAGGACAUCCACGCCGCACUCUUGAAACUACCACACCCCCGCAAACAUUACAAGUGGUACUAUGCUGGCCCCGCCGCCGCCGCCGACCUCCAGGGCGCCUCGGUCGACGAGCUGCGCGCCUGUCUGAAGGGCUACUACUAUCUCAAAUCGGCCUCCUGGCCAGACAACAAACCUCACCCGCUGUGCGCCUGGACCGCCGCCGAGCUCGCCCAGAUGCCGUACUACUACGUGAUGCCCGCCGACAGCGGGAUGGCCGCGGCCGUGCAGCGCCAACUGCAACGAUCCGGGCACGAGCCGGACUGCUCGCCGUGGCUGACGGACGCCGAGCUCGAGUUCCUCGCGCACGAAUGGAACCGCACCGGGUUCCAGGGGGCGCUGAACUGGUACCGGAUCGCGACGAACCCGGCCUGGCAGCGCGAUCUGCAGCUGUACGCGGGGAAGAAGCUCGCAUGUCCGUCGCUGAGCAUCCUGGGGCGGCAGGACUGGGGCAGCUAUCAGGAACCGGGGGUUCUGGAAGCCGUGGGGUCCAAGUGUUUGGACUAUCGGGGGGAGGUUUGGAUUGAGGAGGCGGGCCAUUGGAUGCAGCAGGAGCAGCCGGAGGGGGUGGCGAGGCAUAUUUUGAAGUUUUGCCAGCAGGAUUAG